CGACGAGCCGACCCACUGACUGUGAAAUGUACUGAUAGUGAAUGGUAGUAAGGGAUUGGUCUUUGCAAAGUAUGGUUUCGAAGCGUCAAAUCCUCACCCGUCUGGGUUGCUGCGUCCUCGCCAUGGUCUCGUUGGUAGACGCGUUUUCAUCAGCGGUCAACGACAGGCUCACUAGCGCGCCACGAGGCUUCCGAACGAACGCAGGCCCACUCUUUAUGGCUCCAAAGACAAUGGAUUUGGAGGAACUAAAGCUACAGCUUAUUGAAUAUUUAGCGAAACGCAAGGAUGUGGGUGCCGAUGAGAAAGCAAAAGAAGAUGUUGGAAAGGUAAUCGGAGGUUCAAAAGGUAACGCGGUUUUGGAAUUUGUCAGCCUCGCACCGAACAAGGGACAAGUCAUAGAAACGCCUUCCAAUGCAUUGGACUAUGACGAGCUGACUAAAUACGGGUACGGGCAUCUUGUAACUCCAAUAAUGAAUGCCGGAGGACGUUUAGAAAUGUACAAGCUUCUUGGGAUCGACGCACCCGCAGUCAAACGCCCCCCUCCACCUCCCGAAGCACCAAAAUUGGUAGUUGAUCGCAUUGGCGAAAACGACAAAGCGAGAUAUUCUGGAUUGAGAAUGGGACUACUAAAUGAUGACGCCAUGGCCGAAGCCCUACAGGAAGCUCAACGCAAGAAAAGGUCAGGCGAGCCUUUGCGAUCGGCACUGGUCGAAGAAGGAUUUGUGCGCCCCUUUGCUGACAAACGAAACGUUAGCCCGAAAUCGACACCUGAGUGGACCCCGGAGCGGAUCGACGAAGAGACAAAACGACAAGGCCGUUCAAAUGAUUGGGCGCGCAGAGCCCGAGAAGGACAGUUCGUUAGGGACCCAAUGGAAUCGUUAGACCUGAACUUUCAGCAGCGAGUUUUUUCGAUCUUUUCCGCUCUUCUGGUGAGCACGGCAUUUGGGCGAUCGACACCAAUAUUUUUGUCGCAAUACCUUGGGGACAGUACAGCAAAACUCUCUGUUCUCUCCUUUUUAAGCGCAUUGCAAGCGCCUGCUGGGGCAUUUGUUCUGGCUUCAAUCGGUUCCAGCAUUUUCUGCGUUGUCUCAUCGAAGUCGAAAAACCGAAGUGCGAUAGUAUGGUUUAUCAAGGGCCUUUUGGGUGGCCCUUUAACAGUUGGACAGCUCCGCGAGCUAGAUUCACUAUUAACGCAGGGGGAGCAGGAUAUCGUGAACAGGGAACAGGCGGAGCAAGAUCUGCGGGCAAAAUAGAGAACACGUCGUGACUAUCAUGCCGACGGACAUUCAGCUUGCCCGUCGUAUUCUUGGCUUCUGCUUUUAAAGUUUUACAAAAUAGAUAUCUCUUGAUACGA